GUCCUGUUUUCUACCUUUCCUCUGCGCAUGACAAAUUGCACGUGUCCGGACUGCAUGUGGUGGUGUUGCAUUGCGUCCGCUUUCUUGGACUUUAGUUUUUUCAGCUAAUAAACGAAUCGUUUUGUGUUGUCACACAUUGUUUUUAAAUGGGGGGACUACAAAAAAAGAAGUUUGAGAGUGGCUCUGCCACAAACUAUAUCACCAGAAACAAAGCACGCAAGAAAUUACAGCUGAGCCUCCCAGAUUUCAGACGACUAUGCAUUCUUAAAGGCAUUUACCCUCACGAACCCAAACACAAGAAGAAAGUGAACAAGGGCUCCACAGCCCCAAGAACCUUCUACCUGCUUAAAGACAUCCGCUUUCUUCUGCAUGAGCCCAUUGUUGGGAAAUUCAGACAAUAUAAGGUGUUUGUUCGCAAACUCAAGAAAGCUUAUGGAAAGACAGAAUAUUCUGCAGUGGAACGGUUAAAGGACAACAAGCCAACCUAUAAACUGGAUCACAUUGUCAAAGAAAGGUACCCCACCUUCAUUGAUGCUCUGCGUGAUAUUGAAGAUGCACUCUGUAUGUGCUUCCUCUUCUCCACAUUUGCUCGAACAGGAAAGUGCCACGUACAAACCAUACAGCUCUGUCGACGCCUCACUGUGGAGUGGAUGAACUAUGUUGUUGCAUCUCGGGCCCUCAGAAAGGUUUUCAUCUCUAUCAAGGGAAUAUAUUACCAGGCUGAGGUGAUGGGGCAGCUCAUUACAUGGCUGGUGCCCUAUCAAUUCUCCCAUGAUCAUCCUACAGAUGUUGACUACAGGGUCAUGGCGACUUUCACCGAGUUCUACACAACUCUCUUGGGGUUCAUCAACUUCAGACUCUACCAUUCCCUCAAUCUGGUUUACCCACCAAAGAUCGACAGUGAAACAGUUCAAGAGCUGAAGUGUGAGAAUGACGAAGACUAUGCGUUGAACUCUGAAAGCUACUUGGAGAAACUUUCUGCUUUGAGUGCCAGUUUGGCUCGGGCGACUUCUGCUGUAGAUGAAGAAGACGUUCAACUGGACCACUUUCCUGUUGAUGAGGAGGACUUCGAAAAAAUGGAAGCAAGAGAAAAGGAACAGAAGCAACAGGAGGCCCAUAAAAAGAUUUUUGAGGGCUUGAAGUUUUUCCUCAACAGAGAAGUUCCCAGGGAGUCUCUGGCCUUUGUGAUCAGGUGUUUUGGUGGUGAGGUGUCAUGGGACAAGUCUGUCUGCAUUGGGAGUCCAUACGAUGUAACAGAUGAGACCAUCACACAUCACAUUGUUGACAGACCCAGCAUUGACAAACCCUAUAUUAACAGGUACUACAUCCAGCCUCAGUGGGUGUACGACUGCGUCAAUGCCAGAGUACUUCUUCCUGUGGAGGACUACUUCAUCGGAGUCACUCUUCCACCCCACCUGUCUCCCUUCGUAGAGGAAACGGAUGGAGAUUAUGUGCCUCCAGAGAAAUUAAAGAUGAUGGCCUUGCAAAGAGGAGAGAAACCCGCCGAGGAAAAUGAUGAGAGUGAAGAAGAGGACGAGGAGGAAGAAGAGGAGGAGGCGGCAGCGGAAGAAGAGGAUGAUGGCGAGGAUGAAGAGGACGAGGUGGAAGAGAAGAAUCUUAAGAAGUUAGAGGAGCAAAGAUCCAAGGGCAAAUCUCUACAGGUCAAAGUGACACCUGGAAAGCUGAAGGUAGAGAACCGCGCUAGACUGGAGCAGGAGGAGAAAGCUGAGGAGAAACGUCUGGCCAUCAUGAUGAUGAAGAAAAGGGAGAAGUACCUUUAUGACAAGAUCAUGUUUGGAAAGAAGAGAAAAGUCCGAGAGGCUAACAAGCUCGCUGAAAAGAGGAAAGCGCAUGAUGACGCUGAAAAGGCAAAGAAGAAAAAGGCCAGAAAAUGAAUUGUGAUAUUUUAAGACUGUCAGAUAACUGUUAAUAACACCAGUAACUGUUUAAUUGACAUCCCUUAACAAUGUAACAUAUGCUGAUUGUUUAAUUACUGGUGACUGCCUGCUUUUUCUCCAUCUCUUGUAACGUUUCAUUAUUAGAAUGUUACAACGAACACGUGUUUAUGAUCAUGCAACAAUUAUUAAAUAAAAUUGUAGACA